AAUGGAAAAAGGGAAAUUCAAAUAUUUUGGAAUAAGCCCGCCAUUUCUAAAACACAAAAGACGAAAGCGAUGAGUUUGUCUCUGUUUCCUUCUCCUCUUGAACGUACUGUUGCUUCUGCUCUUCUCCUUCUCUCAAACACCAAACCUCUCUCUCCUUCUCCAGAGUUUGGAUUUGAUGGUGGCACUGAUAAGGCGCUGAGAGAGGGAAGCGAAAGCAAGAGUAGCAGCGAGGAGAUUUCGAGCUCAAAAUCACACUCUUCGUCUCUUACCAGUGAUAAUGAUUCGUCUAAGGAAAUUCGAGCGGCCCAUAACCUCAGGAUCGUCGCUGUUGUGGCUCGGUGCCAUGAGAUGAAGUUCAAGGUGGUGAGAAAGAGACGCACUAAGGUCAUCUGGAGCUCCGACUCCGAGCAUCCGGAAGUCGUCCUUGCUCUGCCUGCGACGGUGUCUUCAAAAUCCGAGUCGACAGAGGCCUCCUGCUUAUCAAGCACGUCCAGUGCGGCGUCAAGCGCGCGAAGCUGCUAUGAGAUCAGAAGCAUGAAAAGGAACCAAAUGGAGAGCUGUGAAAAUCCAAAGAGGCGUAAAGUGGACUCUGGUUAUGGCUCGGGCUCGUCUUACAUGAGGCGACAGGCCGAAAAAAUUUUGGAUUUCCUGUCUCGCGGAAGUUCCUCUGAAGUGAGAAUACGCCAAGUGCUCGGUGACAGUCCAGACACUAGCAAAGCUCUCAGAAUGUGAGAUCUCUCCCUCUGCUGUUGAAGCUGGAAGAGAUCAAAAGAUCAGGGACAGGAGGACGAUUGGAUCCCUAUCUUUACAAGGUAUAUUAAAUUGAUGCUUCUUAUAAUAUUUUAAUUUAUUAACAAAAAAGAAAAUCAGUGUGGAACGAUCACUACAAUAUCAUAGAUAGUAUUAUACGGGUAAUUGCAGUUGAAUGAUUUUCUUUUUGCAGAUAGCCUGAGAAAUUAGGGAGCUUGACCCAGAAAUAUUAGGUCAUGUAUUUUAGCAUUCUAAUCAUCCCACUUGUUGGGAAAUUUUGGUCCUCAGAUAAGCAAAUGUGAUAAUAGCAAUAUUGACAAGUAGUAUGAUAUAGGAAUUACUUGGGAAGAAUAGUAGAGAGAAGGCAAAUAUAUAGUCCUUGCUAUCCUUAGUUAUCUUUCUUAUUACACGAGAUUACAGGUCAGAUGUAAGGGCAAGGAAAUAGGAAUCCUGCGGUAUAGGAACUUGUAGAUAGGCAUGGUAUAGUGGCAAUGUGUUGUGUCUGAAAAUUAAAAUGAAAAUCUUCUCAUAAUAUGAUCUUUUUACAGGUAAUAUUCUAAUUUUUAGUAAGGAUGAAAAUUUUGUUUGAUUUUAUGUGUUUAUAUAUAUAUUGAUUGCCUGAGUAAGGAUAGAAUUUCAUGUUAAUUUUCUUAGUUUCAAUUGCUGACUGAGGAGUAAGAACAGAAUGUAUUAAGACUGCUGGGAAGUCAUAGAGACGAAGUACUAUUUAAAUCAAUACAUUAAGGACUGUAACUAUUACUAUUGUUAUUUUUAUUUAGUUUCAAUCGAUUUUUAUGUUAAUUAAAACUCACAUAUGGUGAUGAGAGUUGAUAUAUAACGGCAUUCCUUGACAUGUUUAUCAAGGAUAAUUAACUAUGAACUAUCAAUAUUUUU